AUGCGUAUGUAUAUCGGAAUCUUUGCAAAUGCCGGUACUGGUUUCCAACUAUUGACUCCUGACCGUUGGAUGGAGCUCGAGGGCAAGGAAAGACAGCCAAGCCGGUUGGCUGCUGCAUUGACCUUGGAACCCUGGUUCAAGGUAAAGCGAAGCAAAGUCCAUACAAGUCUUCCCAGUAAGAUCCACUGCAUCAAUAAGAUUUAA